AUGAGCACGACGGAUGAACCGCCCACGGUCCCGCUCCGGUAUCACAUUGCCGGAGGCUCAGAACACAGCGGGAAGUAUGUGGCAGAGAACAUCCUUGAAGACAACCCACUCGACCAGACCAGUCGUUGGAGUGGCGCCUACCAGUCGCCGAAUGUGAAGCAAUGGAUGCUCCUGCGUUUGCAAGACGUCGCUGUACUUAAAAGUAUCACCUUUGGGAAGGUGCCACAUCCGUGCAACAUGAAGGAAUUCAAGGUCUAUGUCGGCAUGUCUGAAGACAAUAUGACGGAAGUACUGCAUGCGGGACUAAGGAACGACUCGGGGAAGGAAACCUUCUCUAUCCGGCAUUCAAAUAACGCUGGGGUCUGUUUCCCUACUCGAUAUGUGAAGGUCAUGCCCCUCUCUGCCCAUGGUCAAAGUUUUCAUACCUCGAUAUGGCAUAUCGCAUUGGCAGGUAUCACUGACUCAGCGUUCGUUGAGCGGGUCAGAGAACAACACAACGAAUACCGCGAGGCCUCUGUGCUGCGCUAUGUGCUCAAGCACCUGCGCCAACGACGCUUCUUAACACCAUUCGCGGACAUCCUUUCCCGCUCGAGUCUCCAGUUCGAACAUCCGACUAUCUCUACCAUGUACGACAGCCUCGUCCUCAAGGGAGAUUGGGCUGAUGCCGAAGAAUGUAUCCGGAAAGCCUCCUCUGCUGGAAUGUUCGACGGCUACCGGUUUUCGUGCCAGCCUCAAGCACGGUGGACGCGAUUGCAUGGGGCAGAUGCUGACGGAGACGUUCCUCGUAGAAGGGGCGGACAUGCGAUGUGCAUGGAUGAACAGAAUGGACUGAUCUACCUCUUGGGAGGGUGGGACGGCCUGCAGAACCUCGACGAUCUCUGGGUAUAUGACGUGCGCAAAGAUACUUGGCGAAUGCUCAGCAUGGCGACGUCCAGAGAGAAGAACGGACCUGGCCCGAGGGCCUGUCACAAAAUGGUCUUCGAUCCGAAAACGGGGGCUAUCUACGUCCUCGGAAGGCUUGGAGAAGGAGAUGCGCUGGACCAUUCCGACGCGAGAGGUGACACUAGCUCUACAGCAAAUGCGGCUGCUUCGUCAACAAGCCCCUCGGGUCGACCGUCGAGUGGUGUAGCGGCGUCUGCAGAAACGACCAGGCAAGGCAAUGUUACUCCGCUCCCGUGGACGGCCUACUGUUCUGAGUUCUAUCGCUACCAUACACGAGGACUUGAUGAAGAGAAGUGGGAUCUCCUCUCGUUUGAUACAUCGACAUCCGGCGGGCCACCCCUCAUCUUUGAUCACCAGAUGGUCUUGGACUGCGAGGCACAAAUCAUCUACGUAUCUGGGGGACGUGUCGCUGACGGAGACUGGGAGCUCACCAAGUACUCAGGCCUGUACGCCUAUGAUAUCCGGACGGGCUCGUGGCAACUAUUGCAGACCUGCGAUGCGAAUGGCCCGAACACGGCAAUUACAGCACGUUUUGGCCAUUCGAUGGUGCUAGAGCCGGAAACUCGCACUCUCUUGAUAUUCGGUGGCCAGCGAGACGAAAGGUAUCUCUCGGACAUGUUCGCCUACCACAUACCCACUGGCACAGUCACGGAGCUGUUCCCGAACUUCACCACUGCCGGUGGGCCUGAUGCAUGCUUCACGCAACGAGCCGUAAUCGAUCCUGAGCUGCGGGAGAUCUACCUGUUCUGUGGACUGACUCGUGGCCAGCAUGGCUCGCUAACGGUCCUCGAGACCGAGUCGCCGUACUGGAUCUAUCGCUACGAACGUCCAGACCGCCCAGGGACAUGGACCACGAUUCUGCCGACCGACGCGUCUCAUUCGACGGAGACAGAGACGGGCAGCCCACAGCCGCGCUACGCCCAUCAAGUGGUCUAUGACGCGAGCAGUAAGAUUGUCUACAUGCACGGAGGAAACUCUGGCAUCAUCAAGGAUGAUGGAAGCGGCGGAUUGCAUGCUGAGGCUGAGAGCGGUCGAGGGCGGUCGGUGUUGGAUGGCCAAGAUGCCAGCAAGGAGCAUCGCUUGGAUGACUUCUGGAAGAUGACGCUCGAGAGGCAAGUAUGGAAGGAUAUCGUGCGGAGAGCGAUAUACGAGAUCCGUCAACAGCAGUUCCGGGAGCUGUGCGAAGACGCCCCAGCGAUCAAGGCACUCGGCUUUCUGCAAGCAGAGGUAUCGUCAGUGGUGAAUCAUGACAAUGCAGAGGAAGCCGAGGUAUUCAGGGUCCUUCUGUCGCACCUCCUUUCCCUGCCACCUGGUGGGACAUCGUCCACGCCUAGCACGAGCGAGGCCAAGGACGAAGACAAAGACACACCCAUGCGCUCGCCCGAAAGCACACCUCUUCCCAGCCAAGACGAAGAGAUGACGGACUCGGCGCAAGCGGAGACGCAGACCACGAAACGAGUUCCGGUCACGUAUGAUCAAGAUCCACUGGAAGAGACCAUACAGAGUGGCUCCCAGCCCACGCCAGCACGGUUCAAGCAGCGCACCGAAGUCUAUGAGCGACUGCUCGUGUUUGUCAACGCAGAUGCGAAGCAGCCUGACAGGAGCCUUGUGGACCUGAUCAACACGGAUGGAGUAGAAUAA